GGAGCGAAUCCCGAGAAAACUGAAGGGUCCGAAAGACCGUCCCGGAGCGGUGGGGAUUGCGGCCUCCCUGCCAGCCCCGGGCCGGCCCAGAGGAGCGGAGGAGGGAGAAGCCCUCGGGCGGCCCCCGGACAGCCCCCCGAUGCCCGGGCCCGGGCGGGGCUGCUGCUGCAGCGGGCCCUCGGUGCCCAUGGCGAGGCGGGGCGCGGGGCAACGGGGUCCCUGGCUGGCACCGGGCCUGGCCCCGGCCCUGGGGCUGCUGCUGCUGUUGCUGCUGCUGCCCGGCGGGCGGCCGGUGCGGGCGCAGAACGACACGGAGCCCAUCGUGCUGGAGGGCAAGUGCCUGGUGGUCUGCGACUCCAGCCCCGCCGCCGACGGCGCCGUCUCCUCGUCGCUGGGCAUCUCCGUGCGCUCGGGCAGCGCCAAGGUGGCCUUCUCCGCCACCCGCAGCACCAACCACGAGCCGUCCGAGAUGAGCAACCGCACCAUGACAAUCUACUUCGACCAGGUGCUGGUCAACAUCGGCAAUCACUUCGAUCUCGCCUCCAGCAUAUUUGUAGCACCAAGAAAAGGAAUUUAUAGUUUCAGUUUCCACGUGGUCAAAGUGUAUAACAGACAGACGAUCCAGGUGAGUUUAAUGCAAAAUGGCUACCCGGUGAUUUCAGCAUUUGCCGGAGACCAGGAUGUUACCAGAGAAGCUGCCAGCAACGGGGUCUUACUCCACAUGGAAAGGGAAGACAAAGUGCACCUCAAGCUGGAAAGGGGAAACCUCAUGGGAGGCUGGAAAUACUCCACCUUCUCUGGCUUCUUGGUGUUUCCACUAUAAGCGCCUGAAGGAUCCCCAGCCGCGAUCUGGCCAGAGUCCAGGGCAACCUCACCUCCCAGUCCUCUGGAACAUGCAAAGUGCUGCAGACUCUUCGGGUGGAAGAAGAAUUUCCUUCCAGACCCAAUAUUAUUCCGAACAGUGAUAAUUCCACCAGAGCCCACGUCUCCAGCUAGUUUUUGACCACAGAGGUCUUUGGGAGCCGAACAGUGAUCGACCUGAGCAAUUUGUACCUGUGAUUGUAAAGUCAAUCUUGGAGUUGAAUGUCGGGCACAGUGACCCUGUUUUCCUUUGCUGUUUUUUUUUUUGUCGUCCUGAGGAGACGAGGAGUUAGGACCCCACCAUUUGCCUUCAAGACUCCCCAGAGAGUCAGAGGAAACAUCUCAGUUGCUGAGGGCUCCAGUGUGCUGGCAAGGCUACAGGACUGAGUGGCUCCAAACCCAGCUCAGUCUUCAUCUUGGGGAGGGGGAAGGAGGGGCUCUGGGUGCAGAAGAGGGCACUAGGAACAACCUGGGCCAAGAAAUGUUUUAUCCAGAGGAGCAGAUUUUGCACGAUUGGAAUAUCCGGUUUUGUUUUGUGUUGUUCGUGUUUUUCCUUGACAAAUUUUUUGAACCCCCCCCCCCCAUUUUUGUUGGGGUGGCUUGAAAAAGGUAAAGUCAGUUGAUCGAUAAGACCAAAUCCCCCCUCCCCCUCAAACCCCUGUAGGUCAAGGAAUGGUAAUCGUCGAACAGUUCUGCCAGCUUUUUCCCAGAGAACAUCUCAGGAGAACUUCAGAGUCCUGGGGGUCUUUGCUUUGCAAUCCAGAAUCUUUCAGGAUCUUGACCUUUGGAUGUGGUCUGACUUGUCUAGAAGUGAACGUGGAGGCUGUGAUGAUCUUAUUUGACCAAAUCUCCUGAAAUACAUUGUUUCUUUGCGUUACCAAGUCUAUCCGUGGUCUCCUCGGCUGUUCUCAUUUAAUCCCUUUCAUUCACCCAUGCUCGAGCAAGCUCCUUUCCCCUGCUAACGAAAGGGAGGAAACCCAUCAUUUCUGGAAAGGGGCAUCUGCGAAGUUUUUGUGGACAUGGGGCUGCAUUGGAGUGGGGUGCGGCGUUGGUUGAAACUUUCCAGUGAAGCAUCUUGGGAGGGGAGUCUUUUUUUCAUAUUUACCUUGUGUAAUGACCCCACCGCUGUUAAAUCCAGGGCCGGUGAGUUGAAUGGCAGGCUUCUAGGUGCCUGAGAAAAUGCAACUUACCAACAGGUGAAAGAGGAGACAUUUAAUUGAUGAGAAUCCAUCUUCCUUUCGUCAAUGUAACCAAAAUACUGAAGACAAAACAGUAACAUUUACGAUUUAGAAUAAAUGGGUUGGAUGUCUGA